AUGGCUGCAGGGUGGGAAGGCGCUCCUGGUUUCGCGGUUCCUGCAACGCUGCGAGAUCGCCGUGUGCUGCGCAUUCAUCUUUUUGCCAUCACCAACGCCUCGCCCAUGGGAAGUGGCAUUCGCAAUCUCCAGCUGAUGCCCGCGAGCUCCCUCUGUACUCUCCUUAGUGGAACCCUCCUCAAAUACGCAAAGGGCCACUUCCAGCUCUUCCUGGUGGUAGGAUCCGCCGUCCUGACCACCGGCGAAGGCAUGCUGCACAUGAUAGGCCUUAAUCCUUCCACCGGACAGUACAUUAGGUACCAGAUCCUGGUGGGUGUGGGCGUGGGACUGAGUAUUCAGGUUCCCGUAAUGGCAUGA